AUGGGGAAGAUUGAGAGGGCACCUACUACUGAGACCGAGUUUGAGACUGAGAGGGAGCUUACUAUUGAGACAAAGCUCGAAAUUGAGAUGGAAUCCGAGACUGAGAGGGAGUCUACUGUUGAGAUAGAGUCUAAGGCUAAGAGGGAUCUACUACUAAGACAAAUGAUAAUCUCUGUCCUGACUUUAGCAUCGCAAGGCUUUUCGACCAAGACCACUCACCAAACUACUAGCAACCUCAUUCGCACAUUAGGAUACAUGGCUCCAGAGUAUGCUCUGCAAGGAACCUUUACACCUAAAUCAGAUGUUUGCAGCUUUGGCAUUUUCGUUCUAGAGAUCAUCACGGGAAGAAGUGUCUAG